AUGGCCAAAGAGAACAUGAAAAAAGACAGGAAGAUGCAAAAGCAACUCAUGGAGAGAAUCCUAAGCCAGCAUUCUCAGCUUCAUUGCAGGCUGCUGCAGGUCUGCAGAACAGCCCUUCCCACGUCGGCACUGCACUGCGUGAAGCUGCUCCUGUGCCAAUUGGGUGGUGUCCUCCUUUUCUUCAUUGCCCUUGGCCCAUUUCCUCCGCCACUGAAGACCGUCCUGCUGCUGGAGGAGCUGCUGUCGCUGACACCUUAUCUGCUCAAGGAUGGGGCAGAGCCGCGGGAGCCCCCCCAGCCGCCGGCUGCGCAGCGCCAUGAAGAGCAGCGCCCGGCCGGCACCAUGCGCUCCCGGACCCUGCUGGCCGCCCUGUGCUUCUGGCUGCUGCCCGUCUCCGCCGCCUACUUCGGGGGAGUGCUGGUCAUCAACCAGCUAGUCCUGCCCAAGCUCUGGCACUGGUUCAGUACCCUGAGCCUGUCCCUGGAUGCCCUGGCCAGCCUCCAGAGGAAGGUCUUGGAGUUCUUCUGCCUGACCGGGAAGGAAGGUCUGACCCAUCUUCCCUCACUGGGCCCCUCUGCGAACCCUGCCCAAGGGAAGGCCCACCUGAAGCAGUGUGACUUGCUCAAGCUGUCCCGUAAGCAGAAAAGGCUCUGCCAGCGGGAGCCGGGGCUGGCGGAGACCCUGCGGGAUGCCGUCCGGCUCAGCGUCAUGGAGUGCCAGUACCAGUUCCGCAAUGAGCGCUGGAACUGCAGCCUGGAUGGACGGACCAGCCUGUUGAAGAGAGGUUUUAAGGAAACCGCCUUCCUGUAUGCAGUGUCCUCUGCGGCGCUUACCCACGCCCUGGCCCGGGCGUGCAGCGCUGGACGCAUGGAGCGCUGCACCUGCGAUGACUCUCCAGACCUGGAGAACCGCAAGGCCUGGCAAUGGGGAGUAUGUGGCGACAACCUCAAAUACAGCACCAAGUUCCUCAAAAACUUCCUGGGCCAGAAGAAGAUCGGCAAAGACCUGCGGGCUAAGGUGGAUAUCCACAACACCAACGUGGGCAUCAAGGCCGUGAAGAAUGGUCUCAAAACCACGUGCAAGUGCCAUGGUGUCUCGGGCUCCUGUGCCGUGAGGACCUGCUGGAAGCAGCUCUCCCCUUUCCACGAGACUGGCAAGAUCCUCAAGCUGCGCUAUGACGAUGCUGUCAAGAUCUUCAGUGCCACGAAUGCUGCUGUGGGGCACUCUGAGCUCGUGGGCACGCAGAGACACGGCCACUCCCCCAAAAGCCCGGCUACUCCACGCCCCACAGAUCUGGUGUACGUGGAGGACUCGCCCAGCUUCUGCCGGCCCAGCAAAUACUCACUAGGCACUGCCGGAAGGACAUGCUCCCGGGAGGCCAGCUGUGACAGCCUGUGCUGUGGGCGUGGCUACAAUACGCAGAGCCGGAUGGUCACCUUCUCUUGCCACUGCCAAGUGCAGUGGUGCUGCUAUGUGGAAUGUCAGCAGUGCAUGCAGGAGGAGGUGAUCUACAGCUGCAAGCACUAG